GUUAAAAAGAUAUUGCUGGAUAAGACAGGCACUGUGACUUAUGGAACUCCAAUGGUUUCCCGACUCUGUUUGUUUGUUGAUGACACAGUAUUUAACAUCGCACAACUACUGUGCAUUGUGGGCACUGCAGAAAUCAACAGUGAACACCCAAUUGCAUCAGCAAUUGUGACUUUCAUCAAGGAGACAAUCAAUUCUGAAAUGUCAGGGAGAUGUUCCAACUUCCAGUCAGUACCAGGGUGUGGUCUGAAAUGUUCUGUGUCUCAUAUUGCGUCUAUGCUGCAAGCUGCUACCACCUCUGAAAAAACUGCCAACUUCAGCAACCAAGCCAGAUCUUCCAAGAGUCAAGUGCUAUUGAAUGGAGUGCUAGUUGACCUACUUCCACUAGUUCCUUCAGCUGCUUCCAAAUCUCUGCAACUAGAACGGCUUCUAAACAUCGGCUCCCCAGAGGAAACAGACCCAAACAAUACAACUUACGAGGUUGUCAUUGGUAAUAGAGAGUGGAUGGUCAGGAAUGGUAUUGAACUGCAUUCUGACUCAGAGAUGAAGAUGGAUGAAGAAGAAGAACUGGGCCAUACAGCUAUUCUGGUUGCUAUUAAUGGUAUCCUGGUGUCUAUGUGGAGUGUAGCCGACAUUGUCAAACCAGAAGCUCAUCUUGCUGUCUAUACUCUCAAAAGUCGGGGGCUUGAGGUGAUUCUACUUACAGGAGACAACCGGAAAACUGCUGUUGCUAUUGCACGACAGGUUGGCAUAAACCGGGUGUUUGCAGAAGUACUGCCUUCUCACAAGGUGGCCAAGAUACAAAGUCUGCAGAAGAAAGGCUUCCGUGUGGCUAUGGUUGGUGAUGGGGUCAACGACUCCCCAGCAUUGGUACAAGCAGAUGUUGGUAUAGCAAUAUCCUCAGGCACCGAUGUUGCGAUGGAAACUGCUGACGUUGUUUUGAUGAGGAAUGACCUCUUGGAUGUGAUCGGAUGCUUCGACCUCUCAAAGAAGACUGUGCAGAGGAUUCGUCUCAACUUCGUAUUUGCUAGCAUGUACAACAUUGUUGGCAUCCCUUUAGCAGCAGGCUGCUUAACCUAUUUCGGCAUCUUCCUUCAGCCGUGGAUGGCAUCAGCAGCCAUGGCUCUCAGCUCAGUUUCUGUGGUUGGAUCUUCACUGAUGUUAAAAAUGUGGCGAAAGCCGACACGGGAGUCCUUGACGACUUCGGAGUAUCUCGCUGUGUUGGAAGCUCGCAACAAAUGUAGUGCUGGGGAGACCGAUCAGAUAUCCAUUCAUCGCGGAAUCGAUGACAUAGAGCGACCUAAUCUCUCACAUUCCACCAGCAGUACAUUCUCCAGGUUCUUUACUCGAUCAAAGACCAAUAUCGAGGGUAGUCGGUUACUGAAUGAUGAAGAGGAUGUAGAUGAUCUCAAGAGGAUUCAGAUCAUCCCCUCCAACCACAACACGGCCUCUUGCUAAAACUACCACAACCAAACCUUAAAGUGCCUUAACCGACAACUUAGGUUUAAUAUGAACUGUAUCGGAAAAUAUGUAAUUUUUAGAAACAAUUCCUACUAUGUGAUUUUGCCAGUAGAUAAGUUUUAGGUCUUCCAAGAUUUUAUUUACUCAUGAAUUUAGCAACUGAAGUACAGUAUACUAUGAAUAACGGAUUUAAAAUAUUUUUAUAGUUGUAUUUUUUAUUUACAUAAAAAUAACAGAGGUAAAUAUCAUUUUUAUCUUUAUCGAAUUAUAUAGUUAGUUUUUUUUUUAUUUAUAACCCAAUGCUUAUAUUUUCAUGUAUCAAUUCUUGUCUUCCACAAAAUUUAAAAAUAUUAGGCCUUAGUGUUUAAAAAACGUAGUAAAAUUGUACAAGUUUUAUUUUGUUUUCUUAAACUAUAGUGAACAUUUGAAAGUCCUCCAAUUCUACUGAAAAAAGUCUGGCUUUUUUCUAACUACAAUCCUAACCAUGGUAAAACACAUUGGUAAAAUAAAAACAAGAUUUUAAAACUCAAAACCAAAAAUCAACACAUUAUUUUUUUGGUUCUCACUGUUUCUCCUCUAUCCCUUUACUAGUAAAUAAAUAGUAUAAACAAGGCAGAAGUUAAAUGAUUGUUUAACUUAUCAAUCAAUACUGUGUAUCUAUAUCUAUUUUUUUAUUUUCUCAUUAGAAUAACGAAUCAUAAACUUAUUAAAUUGUAGCAUAGACUAACCAGCACAAGUACACUUCUCAUCCCAUUGUAAAUGUUGAAGCUCAUUUUUCAUGUCUAAUUCGUGUCCGGUGACACUGAUCGCUGGUGUCAAUGAAAUUUUGUUUCUAUGAAUGAAUGAUUUAUUCCGUUAAAUUUGCUACAUAAUACAAAUGUUUUCAAUUUUUACAUCACCUACUAAGUUUUACAAACAUAAAGUUGUUUUAUUAUUUUUCUAUUAUUAAAUUUUUUUUAUUUUAGGGUUAAUUCUAUGAUUUGUGCGUUACUGUUUGGUUACAUAACUAUGAGAUAAGUUAUUGUUUAUGAUUAGAUUGUUUUAUUUGGUUAAACGAGGUUUUAAAUUACUGAAAUUACACGAAACAAAUUUUAAACAAAAUUCGACCUCUACAGUACAUCGGAGAGAACAUUGUCUUCAGCUGAUCCAUAAGAAUGAUAAAUCUACUAAGGGAGUAUGUUUUAUCCAUGGUUUUAUGUAGGCCCACAUAUUAAAAUUGUUUGUUCAUCUAUGUUUUGUAAGUUGGGGCUAUUACAGUUAGGGCUAUAGAUUUAAAAAUAUCAUAAAAGUUGUAUUGCGCUUUAAAGUACUGAAUAUUAGUUUGACAUUAACUAAAUUUGUUAUAAACUUUAAUGAAAUUCUAGACCUUUAUUAAUACAAGGAAAUGUGGACCAAAAUGAUUGAUAAAAAAAUAAUUUUAAGAUACACCUAUCAAUAAUGUUUUUUUGGUUAUAAACUUAUAUCAAGAAGGAACAAAAAUGUGUUUUAUUUUGUUACUACUUUUAAGUAAUCUAUGUACUUUAUUUGCUUAUAUCCUAUUAUAAUAUUGGCCCAAAUAAGUAGAUUUUGAGCCUUGUUGUUUUUAUUUGUUCAUUACAGCAGACACUACAAAAAAAUUGUCGGUCAAAGUACUUUAUUUUUAAUGGAAUUAAAACUUUGGUUAUGUGUGAAUAUUUAUUUAUAGAUGUAUUAUGCUCAAUAUUGUUAUUUACUGUACAGCUGUAAAGCUAUGAAACUGUUAUAAACCGAUGUUUUGUUUUAUUUUUUAGAUGUUUAUAUCUUGUUUUGUAUUUCCAAAAUACAUUGUAAUUUAUUCAACUAUCCAGAAAAGAGUACAAUCUUGAUUGUUGAUCUUUCAACUUAACCAUAAGAUGGUUACAUGUGAAGAAAUAUGUAAACAUUAGAAUUCUAGAGCUGCAGUAUGUAUAUUUAACCUAUUGAAGUCAGGUAUUAUUACAUAUAUGAAAUAACAAUGAAAAUAUACUUGUGUGUCAACUUCUCAGUCCUAAUGAUUAAUCAAUCAGUUUUGUAAAUAGAUAGAUAUGUUUAUAUUCCUAUUACCGUGCAGUUGUAUAAAUCAUAGUAUUAUAAAAAUAUGAAUAUAUGUAAAAAAUUAGCUUAUAAAUAAUUUUAUGAAGUUAUAAAAUGAUGUACUGAUACAAAUUACUUGAUAGUUAACUAUACCAUAACUGCUUGUACAAAUAAAAAAAUAAAGUUACUUUUCUCAAUUUUACAAAACAUUUUUUUACUUAAAUAUUAUUUGAAAAUACACAUUUUGUUUGAUUUCAUUGUUGGUGAAGUAGCAUCUGGAUCACUAAAUCUAAGCUAAAUGGUUCAUGUUACCUUGCUUCGUCAAGUGAUCCCAUAUUAAUAAGUACACUACGGUAUUUAAACAAACUAUAUAUCAAAAUAAACUUUAGAAUCUCCUGUGUAAAAUUAUAUAAACCAAUAUCUAAUACAGUGAUGUUUUCUGUUGAAACUUAGCAGUUAUAGAAAUUGAUGCUCAAACGACUAGUCCUUUGCCAGUGGAGGAACUAGUUUUAGCGACUAGUCAAUAGUCGUUUGCCAGAUGCAGGGUUAAUGUUUUUAUACACUAUUACUGCUUUGCAUUUAGUAUAAAAUUCAAUUAUAUUACCAUCAAAGCUUUUGGUUGUUUGUUCUAAUACAUAAUCAAUUUUGCAUCUGCAGAGAAGUUUCUGUGUCAAAUUUCAAUUCAUUAAACCACUCUAAAUUAAUUUGCUAAAACCUCACGAUUUUAACCCACUAGCAUCCCUUAUGAGCUCAGGCUUUGCCAACUAACACAAAUACUUAUUCUUUCUGAAAUAAUUGGAUUUUUCACCCUCUUAAUGUGUUAAAAAUGUUUUCAGUCAGCUCUAUUUGAUGAGAAAAUAUAAUUUUGAACACCUACAUUGUACAGAGAUAAACUCUAUUUUAUACUUGCAGGAAAUAAACAAAAAUAAAAUAAAUAAACAUGAUAUAAAAAUAA